UGGAGAAACUCUCUUCACCAUGAAGGCUCUAUCUUGGCUGUCGACAUGUUCCACCGCGUCCGCCGCCACACACCGCCCCAAUCCGCCGCCGGAAGCCAAUGCUCCGUCACCGGGGCCCGACACAAGCAGCUGCUCCGACGUCACCGGCAGCUCUCCUUCUCUCUCCCAAGAAACGAGCUCAUCGAGCAUAAGUAGCCUCCAGAGCAACGCCUCUCUCCUCACUCUCCCCUCCGUGCCUUCCCUCCAAAACCUCUCGCCGGAAACCUUAAGCCUCUCCGUAACUGUCCACUGCGUCUCCUCCCUCAACCCCCGCCCCGCCGCCCAGGUUAGCUCCCUCGCCGUCGACAACCGCCUCCUGUACGCCGCCUCCGGCAACGAAAUCAAUGUUUUCGAAACGGAAAACUAUACUCUUAUAGAUACGUUCAACACCAACGGCUCGUCGUCCGGUUCCGUGAAAUCCGUUUCUUUUAGUAACGGCAAAAUCUUGACCGCUCAUCAGGACCGCAAAAUCCGCGUCUGGAGAUUCGGCAGCGAUAACCGUCACAAGCUCGUCUCAACUCUCCCCACUGUGGAGGACCGUUUACGGAACGUUAUAUUCCCUAGCAGCUACGUUAACGUCCGGCGACACAAGAAGAAGCUCUGGAUCGAACACCACGACGCCGUUUCCGGACUGGCGGCGACGUCUGAGAAUUUCAUGUGCUCGGUUUCUUGGGACAGAAGUUUGAAGAUUUGGACGGGGCCGGGUUUUAGGUGCGCCGAGUCGGUGAGAGCUCACGACGACGCGAUAAACGCGGUGGUAUUAGCGAAAGACGGCACGAUUUUCACCGGCUCAGCCGACCGGAGAAUCAAUGUUUGGGGGAAGCCUUUCGGCGGGAAGAAGCACGGGCUGGUAGCGACUUUGGAGAAGCACAAAUCGGCGGUGAACGCGCUGGCGUUGAACUCCGACGGGUCGGUUCUGUUUUCCGGCGCCUGCGACCGGUCGAUUCUGGUGUGGGAGAGAGAAGACAGUGCGAACUACAUGGUGGUGACGGGGGCAUUACGGGGACACUCGAAGGCCAUUCUGUGCUUGAUCAACGUCUCGGAUUUGUUGUUCAGCGGGUCGGCCGAUCGGACGGUGAGGAUAUGGCAGCGGGGCUUCGGCGGCCAGUAUUGCUGCUUGACGGUUCUCGACGGGCACGAAAAGCCGGUGAGGUCGUUAACGGCGCUGACGGACGGCGGGGAUUCCGGCGGAAAUAUUAAGGUGUUUAGUGGAAGCUUUGACGGAGAGAUCAAGGUGUGGCAGGUUUUGAUAUCAUCAAAUAAUUUAAAUAAAUGAUUAGAGGAUUUAAAGAAAAUAUUUCUUGUGUAAAAUUUGUUUCCCCAUUUUUUAGAAUGCAUUAAUUCAUCUUUUGAUCAAGAACAGCAAAUAUCUAAAGUUCUAAAAUAA